CGCCGACGCGGCAGGAAGCAGGGUCCGCCCCUGCGCUCUGCCCCGGCGGCGGUCGGGUUUCGGUCCCUGAGCGUGCGUGCCAGAGGGCGGCGGGGUUCCCUGCAACGCUGAGGCUAAUCUCCGGCGUGCGGUGACUUUGAACUGAGAACCAUGAACCGCAGCCGCCAGGUGACGUGCGUGGCCUGGAUCCGCUGCGGCGUGGCCAAAGAGACGCCAGACAAGGUAGAACUUAGUAAAGAAGAAGUAAAACGUCUCAUUGCUGAAGCAAAGGAAAAAUUACAAGAAGAAGGUGGCAGUGAUGAAGAGGAGAGAGGUGAACCUUCAGAAGAUGGCAUGCAGAGUGCACGCACGCAGGCACGACCAAGGGAACGCCUGGAGGAUGGUGACCCAGAGGAUGACAGGACACUGGAUGAUGAUGAGCUGGCCGAGUAUGACCUAGAUAAAUAUGAUGAGGAAGGCGAUCCAGACGCUGAAACUCUCGGCGAAUCUCUCUUGGGUCUGACAGUCUAUGGGAGUAAUGAUCAGGAUCCUUACGUUACUCUGAAAGAUACGGAGCAAUAUGAACGUGACGAUUUCUUAAUUAAGCCCAGUGACAAUCUCAUAGUUUGUGGCAGAGCUGAACAAGACCAGUGCAAUUUAGAGGUGCAUGUUUAUAAUCAAGAAGAAGAUUCUUUUUAUGUACACCAUGAUAUACUGCUGUCUGCAUACCCUCUGAGCGUGGAAUGGCUGAAUUUUGAUCCUAGCCCAGAUGAUUCUACUGGAAAUUAUAUCGCUGUGGGGAACAUGACCCCUGUUAUCGAAGUAUGGGACCUUGAUAUAGUGGACUCUUUAGAGCCUGUCUUCACACUUGGAAGUAAGCUAUCAAAAAAGAAGAAAAAGAGAGGAAAGAAGAGUUCCACAGCAGAAGGGCACACCGAUGCUGUCCUGGACCUUUCUUGGAAUAAGCUGAUCAGAAAUGUGCUAGCAAGUGCAUCAGCUGACAACACUGUAAUUCUGUGGGAUAUGUCCUUGGGGAAACCAGCAGCUAGCCUUGCCGUACACACAGACAAGGUCCAGACUCUGCAGUUUCAUCCAUUUGAAGCACAGACUCUGAUUUCUGGAUCAUAUGAUAAGUCAGUGGCUUUGUAUGACUGCCGAAGUCCAGACGAAAGCCAUCGAAUGUGGCGAUUCAGUGGGCAGAUUGAGAGAGUGACUUGGAAUCACUUUUCACCUUGUCAUUUUUUGGCCAGUACUGAUGACGGCUUUGUAUAUAAUUUGGAUGCACGUUCAAAUAAGCCAAUUUUUACACUUAACGCACACAAUGAUGAAAUCUCUGGUCUUGAUCUAAGCAGUCAGAUCAAGGGCUGUCUUGUGACUGCAUCAGCAGACAAAUAUGUGAAGAUCUGGGACAUAUUAGGAGAUAGGCCGAGUCUAGUCCACUCCAGAGACAUGAAAAUGGGAGUUCUCUUCUGUUCUGCCUGUUGCCCUGAUUUGCCAUUUAUUUAUGCAUUUGGAGGUCAGAAAGAAGGGCUUCGGGUCUGGGAUAUAAGCACCGUCUCUUCAGUAAAUGAAGCAUUUGGAAGACGAGAGAGACUUGUUCUCGGCAACACAAGAAGUUCGUCUAUUAGUGGCCCUUUUGGGAGCAGGCACUCAGACACACCCAUGGAGUCGUAAUGAAGAUCAUACAAUUUCCUGUUUUGUUUACCUUAACUCAGAGUUUUAAAAAGGUGGCCUAAAAAUGUUCCGUGCGUAGCUACAGCCAUGCAGUGACUAAAACAAAUUCAUUUCUUACCUCCUGACAUUCCUCUCUGCAGCUGUGGUGGCAACACAGCGCCAAUCAUGCUUGCCUUUCAAGCAUGUGGUGCAUAAGGCUCCUUGAAAAGGAGAAUAAAAAAGGUUUUUAAAAAAUAAUUCCUUAAAUAUGCCCUCUGUCACAGCCAAUCUAGGUUUGUAAAGUAGCUAAUAAUUUCUAGAAUUUGAAAAGAGGAAAAUCCUGUAAUUUUAACAGGUGGGUAAACCUAGGCCUGGAAGGGUUAUGAUUUGGACAAGAUUGCACAGAGGCCACAAGCAAGCGGGUGUCCCAGGGACAGCACUUGCCAAACUGACUGUUCACCAAUUAAUGCUCGUGACUUAGAAGUGUUCUCAGUGCUGCCCUUAGAGUUUGGUACUAAAUAAAAAGCGGCAUGCCUUUUUUCCCCUA